AUUCAGAUCUGUUUCAGAAUUCUUAUCGCAUCAGUAAUUUUGGCGUACUGAUGGAACAAAAAUGAGUAGUUUUUUACCUUCUAACUAAUAGUUUUUAAACAGUAUUUGUUAUAUCUGACAUGCUCGUGCGCGAUAUGCGUUAUCCACAAUAGCUAAUUUAUUGCCAAUAGAGUUGCGUAAGGAAAUAUCGACAGCCUAAAAAUAAUUACACACUUGAUAUUAUACUUGUAUAAACGAUAUUCGAUUAUUUCCUUUUAUUUAAUGACCGACUAAGCUAUUAUUGCAUAGUAGUAAACAAAUGUUGUCAUUUACCAAUACUUAAGUUUCGCUAAAAAAAUCGUGAAUCGUAAAACAAUACAGCUGUAUAUAAAAAAAAAAGAAUAGAGGUUAUGUAUUAACAUUAAAAAAGUGGCGUCAAAAUAAAUAUGUGAGCCAGACCUAGGCCAUCUCUAAAUCAUUAUUCAAACAGUCCUACAGACUGCAGUCGAAGAACGCGAAUUUUAAAUCGCAGAAAAUAGAAAAUUCUUCCAGGUGACUCAUAUUUUGAGGGGUUUACGAAAUAGGAUAUAGAUGGAGUUAGAGAAAGACAAAUAAUUUUUUAUUUAUAGAUUAAUCAAGGGAAACUCAAAAAAUAUAAACGAUAGCCCAUUGAAAUGUGUUAUACAAAUUAUGAACAGUAUAAUCGAAAAAGAAAAUUCAUCAAAAUGUAAGAUUGUAGUGAUGUCUAAAGCUUUAUCCGCAUCUCGUUCUAUUCCUACAUUUGCAAAAUACAAUCGCCGUGUAAGACGACGAUAUCAACUUGAAGAUUAUGAUCCUAAUUCACAGGACAAUGGUUCUCUUACUGCUCAUUCAGAUGAUUCUAGAUCAGUGUCAACAUUAUCUGAUAUGCGAUCUGAGAGCAAUACAUCAUAUACAGCUGUUUCAGAUGAUGAAUUCUUAGACAAUGCUGUAUCCCCAACAAGAUCGUCUCCAGAUUCACUUCUACUUGGAUUCAGUACAUUAAUAGAAGGAGAUAUUAUUAGCCAGACAUCAAUUAUUGUUAAAAGAAAAAUUACAAAAUAUUCUUCAGAUACUCCUCGCAAGACUGAUUUAUUGUUUGGUGAUAUUAAAAAUAGUGAAGCAGUUGUGAGAAAAAGAAAGUUGACACGUGAUUUAGAAUCAAAUCCUGAAACUAAUGUAUUAUUAAAGAAAACUAGACCUAGUACAAGUCUUUCUAUGUCAUUUGAUUCUCCAUGACUUGAUUACAUAAACAGUCCUUUAACUGCCCCUGUAUCUCAGGGAAAGUGUACUUUAUUUAAUUAUGGAUUUUGUAAAAAAGAAAAACCAGUUUUUUGACGUUCACUUUCUACUAGUGAAGCUUCUAUUAAAGCUGCUUUUGAAAAAGAUCACGAUAUUUACGUAAUGCUGAUCGAGAGAAUAAUAGUAUGUGCUAUCCAUAUUUGGACUAUCCAGAAAUGUAUUUGCUAAAUGGGGGUUAUUGUAAAUUGUUCACUAAAUAUAGGCACUUGUGUGAGCCAUCUAACUACCCAGCUAUGUUAAAUCCAGCACAUAAAAAAGAACUUAUAUUAUUUAGAUCCAAGUCUAAAACAUGGGCUGGUGAUGGUGGAACAUCACGACUAGAUAGUAAAAAUACAUUAAAGAGGUUGGGGUUUAAUUAGCAUUAUGUUGCUUUGUUAUAUUCCUCUACUAUGAAAAAAUAAUUUUUGCUUUUUAAAAUUUAAAUUUUUUAACG